CCUCAGCAGCAAAGCCGAGUCCGUCCGGGGCUUUGCUCUGAGCUCUUUGAAAGCGUGGGCGCGACAGAGCCUCCAGGCACAGAUCGAGAGAGAGCGAGAGAGCCAGCGCCGAGCUCCCAGCAGCAGCAGCAGCAGCAGCAGAGCGAGAGCAGCGGUGCGCCAGGCGGGAUCUGCUGCGAAAGCGACACCGUAGGCAUCAGCAGGCAGAGGCCCAGCCAGGUGGAGAGGAGGAACGGGCACGCAGAGGGAGCAUCGGCGAGAGGAGGAGGAGGAGGAGGAGGAGGAGGAAAGGAAAGGCGAGGAAAGGCAGCAGGAGAGGCGAAGACCAGGCAAGGCUCGGGCGAGGAUAGAGGGAGAGAGGAGGGAGAGGAGGAAGAGGAGGAGGAAGAAGAAGAAGAAGAAGAGGAGGAGGAGGAGGAGGGAUCCGAUUGAAAGGGCCAGAGGGACGAGUUCUGCAGAAGGUAGAAGAAGAGCAGAGUGGCAUUAGCAGGGGGCGGGGAGCAAGCGGGCCCAGUUCUUUCUUGCUCCGCAACUCUGUCUUGUCUGUCUGCCUGUCCGCCUGUCCGUCCCUCCUUGCCCGUCCUUCCUUUAGCCUUUCGCGCUGCUAGUCUCACUCCACUCGGUCAGUCGCUGUCCUCAUUCACUCCCGCAUUCGUUCCUCCUCUCGCUCUUCUCUCUUCUCUUCUCUCCUCCUCCUCUCCUCAAUUAAGAAAGCCAGCGAGCAGCAAUACAUUUGCCAUUCUUCUCGCAUUUCAUUGCAGUGUUCUUUCUCCAUCUCUCUCUCUCUCUCCCUCACUCAUUCUCUCGCUCUCAUAUUCUCUCUCUCCUCUCUCUCUGUGAGGUUUCGCCGGCAGGGUAGCGAGGCUUGCUCGCUCAGGCCUCGUCUUCCGUCAAGUUUGAGAUCUACACGUCGAGCGGGCAGGCAUCAUGAAGGCUCUCAUAUUGGUCGGUGGUUUCGGAACCAGGCUAAGGCCACUAACUCUGAGUGUGCCCAAGCCUCUGGUGGAUUUUGCCAACAAGCCCAUGAUUCUUCAUCAGAUCGAAGCACUGAAGGCAGCUGGAGUCACCGAAGUUGUCUUGGCUAUCAACUACCAGCCUGAGGUAAUGCUGAGUUUCCUCAAGGAUUUCGAGGCGAGAUUGGGGAUCAAGAUCGUGUGUUCUCAGGAGAGAGAGCCAAUGGGGACAGCCGGUCCGCUCGCCUUGGCCCGAGAGAUGCUGGAUGAUGGAUCUGGUGACCCAUUCUUCGUCCUGAACAGCGACGUGAUCAGCGAGUACCCUCUGACCCAGAUGAUUGAAUUCCACAAAGCCCAUGGCGGUGAAGCCUCAAUCAUGGUGACGAAGGUGGACGAGCCCUCCAAGUACGGGGUGGUGGUCAUGGACGAAGAGACCGGAGAAGUUCAGCGAUUCGUCGAGAAGCCACAGAUGUUCGUUGGGAACAAGAUCAAUGCCGGCAUCUACCUGUUGAAUCCCAGCACUCUGAGUAGAAUAGAGUUGCGACCCACUUCGAUCGAGAAGGAAGUCUUCCCCAAGAUCGCCGCCGAGAAGAAGCUCUUCGCCAUGGUGCUGCCGGGCUUCUGGAUGGACAUCGGCCAACCCCGAGACUACAUCACAGGACUGCGGCUGUAUCUGGACUCGCAGCGGAGGCGGUGCCCCGAGAUGCUGGCGACGGGGCCGCAUGUGGUGGGCAAUGUGGUGGUGGACGAGACUGCGCAGAUCGGCGAGGGCUGCCUGAUCGGGCCGGACGUGGCCAUCGGGCAGGGCUGCAUCAUCGAGAGCGGCGUGCGGCUGUCGCGCUGCACGGUCAUGCGCGGCGUGCGCAUCAAGAAGCACGCCUGCGUGUCGGGCAGCAUCAUCGGCUGGCACAGCACCAUCGGGCAAUGGGCUCGCGUCGAGAACAUGACGGUGCUGGGCGAGGACGUUCACGUGUCGGACGAGAUCUACAGCAACGGCGGCGUCGUCCUGCCGCACAAGGAGAUCAAGACCAGCAUUCUGAAGCCCGAGAUCGUGAUGUAGUGGCGCUGCCGCCUGGGCCUCGGUGCGUUCGAGCCCUGCGCUUCGCCCCCCACAUUGGUGCCGGCCCUGGCCCCCGCGGCGGCCGCUCCCCCGCCGGGGCCGCAUGGCCGUGCGCGCGAUCAGCUUGAUAAUUUGCUUGACGUUUGGAAGCCGAACCGGAAGGGAUUUAUAAGCAGGGUUUGAUUAUCCACUCGAGCCACAUCGGAUCAGUACAGAUUAUAUUCUCAGAGGAAUCAAUCCCCACAAGUUAUGUAAAAUACAAAUGGUAAUCUCUUCUGACUAGAGAGAGGGGGAGAGGGAGGAUCCUUUUCUUACAGCCCACGAUAAGCAGCAGAUGACGGAGAUCUGCCCGGACUCUCGAGAGUUUUACUCUUUUUUAGGUAGUACUGUUUUUGACCAUGUAAUCUAGUGAGACCUUAUACUGAUGUAAGUGACGUCUACGGUUUUGUACAAGGCACUUUGUCUAUUUCGUCUGAAAGUUACCGCGAGAUGAGGAGAAUGCAUCCAUGAGAUGAGCUUUGGCGCUGCCAGAAAAUAAAGUUGCGUCAGCAUCAAAUGUUGGGGUUUCGAUCAGUAUUCGCUUGUGAUACUGCCAUUCCGUUCCGUUCGAGGACUGCCUGUGCGAGUACCAGUGUGGAUGGUUGCGAGUGUUUCCUCUUUACAGCCGUUCUCUCUCGAGUCAGGAGAGAGGUCUGCAAUUCAGAUGAGGACUGCCUAGACACAACCGUAGUCUGGAUGGUUGUGAGAUCCACUCGUCUCAGCCGUCCUCUAUCUCAAGAUUAGCACAGAGGUUUCGGAAAUUCAGUCGAGGACUCUGCCUAUACCAUUCUAGUUAGACCCUGGAUGGUUGUGAGUGUUACUCCCAUAAGCCGUUCACUCUCUCAAGUAAAGACAGAGAUUUCUGCAAUUCCAUGUGGAGCAUAGCCUCUGCCCAUUGUAAUCUGGAUGAUUGCGAGCGUUUCUCCUCUCAGCCAUUUUCUCUCGAUCUAAAGUAAAAAUUCCAGCUUCAAUGCAAGCCCCUUUUUCAG